AUGGCCGUCUUCAGCAACAAGAAGUUUCCGUCCAAGGCGGACACCAAUACCUUCGCCGCCAAGUACCGGGCUCAAAUGGCCAAGCGGCCGUUCCUGAUGUUCGGCCUGCCCUUUGUCGCCGUCAUGAUAGCAGGCUCCUUCGUCUUGACCCCGGCCACGGCCAUCCGCUACGAGAAGCAUGACAGACGGGUGCGGCAGGUAACCAAGGACGAAGAGCUGAACCUUCGUCGGUCGGCGCGCAAGGUCGACAUGAAGGAGGAAUACUACCGACUUGCGGCCAAGGACAUCGACAACUGGGAGCAGAAGCGCGUCCAGCGACUCAAGGGCGAGCACGACGGCAUUAUCGGCGAGUAG